AUGACGGCAAGAAUAGUGUUCCGUGUAUCUGUUCUGGCUCUUCUGCUCUACAGCGCAGUAACUCAAAAAUGUCCUGCAGGUGGUAGAUCCGAGAGCUCCAUUGUGGGCUGGAUGUUACGAGGACACGUGUACGACACUCUUCUCGCUGAACUUCCGUUUACGUGCGUAUUCAAGUGUCGCGAAGACAAUCGAUGCCAGAGUUUUAACUGGGUUAUAUCUCUUCUCACAUGCGAGUUUAACAACAGGACAAAGGAAGCCAGGCCUGAAGACUUCAUUCCAAACCAAGACCGAUCUUACUAUCGACGCGAUUUACAACGAGGUAAGCCAUCAUUAAGUGCCGGGGGUAAUCUUAUAUAUCAAAGAACGAAGAAAUUUCACUGCUUGAAGUAUAUGAAAGGCUAGGAAAAUUAGUCAUCUCUUCAGGCCAAUAAAAUGGCCUAAACGAGCGAACAGAUGCAUUUUAUGGAUGAGAAAAAGCGACGGAAAUUUUUCUGGUUUUGUGCUUAUUCAUGUUUAAAAGACAGAGCAUUUACAGCAGUUAAGAGGGAUGCAAAAUUGCCGUAAAAUCCCAUGUUGAAGCCCCCGGAUUUAUACCCAUCCAUUUGCUAACGAAGAUAUUAUUCUGGAUAUAAGCCUUCCCCCAGGGAUAUAAGCGGGUCUUAUGUAUAAGCGCCUUUUGUAAAACAGUAGCCACUUGAAUUGGAACUAUGAAACUCAGAAAAUUGUUUUUUUGAUUCCCCCCUGCCCUGUUUAUAAGCCCACACAAAAAGUUAUACAAGCCCGGGGCUUUAACGUUGAAUUUUACGGUAGUUCUGUACUUGGUAUGUUCAAUAGGUAGCAUUUGUCAAAAACGUUAUAUUAAAGCGUAAGGGGUUGGACCACGGGGCGGAGCCUCCUUGUAUAAAACUUUGUUGAGUAGCGCCCUGUGCAUAAAGUUAAAACUAUACAAGGGUAAACUCAAACUGAUAAUAAAGAAUUGUUUUUUAACCUUUCAGUUCCCCUUGGUUCGAUUCAAGAACUACCAGCUGAGACUUGUGACGAAAUAAAGAGGAGUGAAGGACACGCUGUCAGCGGGAAAUACUGGUUUUCCACUAUAAAAUCUGGUACAUCUAUUCUGGCUUAUUGUAAUAUGGAGACCAACGGUGAGUUUAGUCAGUUAUAAAAUCGGCGACUACCGUUAAGCUGAUUGUGCCCUCUGAUAAGUUAAUUUAUGAUUAUUAGACAACUGACUUAAAUGUUUCAUAUUUAGUCAUAGAUGCAGCGACUGAUGAAAAAUUAACCGAGAGCCGAGUCAAAAUGAUAAGACCCGAAGAAAAAAAGAUAAAUUUAAAAGGAAAAAAAGACUCAUUUCAUGAAGGAAUGAGUACUCCCACCGUCACAUGUUAGGGCCUGAGUAAAUGCCCUUCAAUAAUUUUUUUCAUCAAUCAAUAUGUUUGUUGUUCUAGACAUUGACGAAUGCGGUGCUUCUUCUCCUGUAUGUGACAUCAAUGCCAACUGCUCCAAUACCCGUGGAUCGUAUAUCUGUACCUGCAAGUUAGGAUAUACAGGCGACGGGAAAAUGUGCCAAGGUAUAAUAAACGUCGUUUUACCGUGUGAUAACAACGGAGAUGGCAGAUUCCCAGGGACUUGUAACGACCAGUCAAAAUCGACAAUCCAUCGAAUCCAGUCCUUUUAUAUACCGGCAGUGCAUGACAUCAUAUGCCUCCGGUUAUACUUACGAGAGAAUUAUGAGAGAUCUAUGAAAAACGUUGAAAAGUUCUGACGUGGACCCCGGUUGAGGAAAUUCAGACUGUUUUCAACGGGGAUCGAAAAAGGUUGAAUAUUUUCAUUAUUAUUAUUUCAUUUUAUUUUGUUUGCGAGGAGCCUAAGAUAGAUCCAAGUGGAACUCCAAUAUUUUUGUUUUUCUAGACAUUAAUGAGUGCAGUGCUUCUUCUCCUGUAUGUGACGUCAAUGCCAACUGCUCCAAUACUCGUGGAUUGUAUAUCUGCACCUGCAAGGCAGGAUACAACGGCGAUGGAAAAAUUUGCAGAGGUAGGAGAGAAUAAUUAGCUAAUCUAAAGGACAAUUACUUUACCGUUAUAACAUUAAUUAUAGAAGUUUCCUAAGGACGUGCGACAUCGUAGCGUUCAAAAUGGUGGAUAAUGAGUCCGGCAAUCCGCUAAAUCCGCCGGUAAAUUUUCGUAUCCAGCAUUGUAUGACGUCAUACCUCAUGUUAUGCCUUUGCUGGAGGCUAUAGCAAGGAGCGAGCAACUUCCUUGUACUCUUAACAAGGCGUUUUCACCGACGAUUUUGGAGUGAAUUUAGACUAUCUUUUAGGUCCCCCAAACCAGUCAGCAAAACAAAAAUGUCUGAAAAUGGCAUUUUUGACCUUUAAAUAACACUGUAUCAUGAGCCGCCAGUUAAGACUGAUGCGCUACCUCACUUCCGUCCAACGUGCAAAUUUAAAUCAUCUAGCUCAUAAUAAGGAUUAGAUUUGAAUAAGGAUGUAGGACAUUACAUUCGUUGUUUUAUAUUUCUUAAUUCUUAUUCAACAAUUUCACCUCAUCGAAGACUUUCCUCAAAUCUUUGGCCUAUUUCUCGGCACAGUCUUGCAGUGCUCCCCAAAAAGUAGAUAACAUCCAUCUAGUGAUUUGUUUUGUGUAUUAUUGCAAUUCUUCCGUUCAGUUUUAGUUUAAAAUUCAGCAGUUCCGGAUAGUCGUGAACGCCUUUUUUUUUUUCAGAGUUCACUGGUGAAUAAUCAGCUAGGCAGCCGCGCCUGGAAACGAAGUUGAUCAAUUUUAUAUUUAUAAGAUUCGAGCAUUAUACCUUCUAUUUUAUAGCUCCAUCCUCCAAACAUGGUAAACGCCAGUUGAUUAGGGGCUUUGACCCAAUCAGAAACGGCGAAAUAUUUUAAAUGAAUGAUUGUAAUUAACGUAUUUUAUUUACGGUAUUUCAUGUUACAAGUUGUUCGUUUAUGUUCAGAUGAGUGAAACAAGCUGUAUACAAACAAAACGAAAGAGAAAACAAUACUGUACUGUGAAACUCGUCAAAUAAGUUCGUCAACUCACGUUUUUUAAUGUAAAAAUCGAAAAAUUUGUGGGUGGCAAUCUUUCGCAUUUCCGGUGUCUGGCAAGUUGGAUGGUAGAAUUUAAUUACAAGUGUCCGUUUAAUACAAGUUGGCAAAAAUAGAAAUGACCAUUCAGAUACUCUUUAGGUGUCCACGUCCGCUUAAUAGAGGUAUCCGCUUAAUAAAGGUUUCAUAUAAAGUCAAUAAGGGAAAUAAAUUUGGGGACUUCGGCUACUGUCCUCUUAAUAGAGGGUAUCUGCUUAAUACGGUGUCCGCGUAAUACAGGUUUCGACAAAAAAUGUUACCUGAAUCACCUUUUCUUUUCCCUUCCCUUAUAUCCGGUUUUGCAGAGGGACUGACUCACUCCGUUAUCGUAGGAGAUAAUGUGCAUCACUUAGCUAAUUUAGGCACAUGGCUCAAACCAGUCGCCCAAAGCGAAUCGUCAAAAUGGAAUCGCUGUUGGUGUGCGUCCGUGGAUGGCUGGUCUGCCAGUACUUUUCACAGCCGAUGUGACAACAAAGGACCAACUGUAACAAUAAUAAGAGUCGGAGGGACGUACAUAUUUGGAGGGUACACUAAGCUCUCAUGGGGUAAGUGA